GGUCAGGUUUAGGGUUAGUGAACAGUGUGAGUGCAGCAGUGGUCAGGUUUAGGGUUAGUGAACAGUGUGAGUGAAGCAGGGGUCCAGGUUUAGGGUUAGUGAACAGUGUGAGUGAAGCAGGGGUCCAGGUUUAGGGUUAGUGAACAGUGUGAGUGAAGCAGGGGUCCAGGUUUAGGGUUAGUGAACAGUGUGUGAAGCAGUGGUCAGGUUUAGGGUUAGUGAACAGUGUGUGAAGCAGGGGUCCAGGUUUAGGGUUAGUGAACAGUGUGUGAAGCAGGGGUCCAGGUUUAGGGUUAGUGAACAGUGUGUGAAGCAGGGGUCCAGGUUUAGGGUUAGUGAACAGUGUGUGAAGCAGUGGUCAGGUUUAAGGUUAGUGAACAGUGUGUGUAUGUGUUAGUGUGGAGGGUUAAUGGUCAGAGUUAAUGUAUGAGUCCAGUAGGUGUGUGUUAGUGUUAGGUGUUUGUUAGGGUUAGGUGUGUGUUAGAGCUAAGAGUGUGUAGCCGCGGUCAGUAAGUUAGUGUGUGUGUGUGUGUGUGUGUGUUCAGUGAUGGCGUCAAACUCCACCACCCAGUUCUUUGCUCUGUCCCAGUCCUUCAGUAUCUCUGACAUCAUCAUCAUCGCCGCUUACUUCCUGCUCAACGUAGCUGUCGGCAUCUGGUCGUCGUGCAGGGUCAGCAGGAACACACUGAGUGGAUACUUCCUGGCUGGGAGAGACAUGGCCUGGUGGCCGAUCGGAGCCUCUCUGUUUGCCAGUAGCGAGGGCUCUGGUCUGUUCAUCGGUCUGGCAGGAACUGGAGCCGCUGGAGGCAUCGCUGUGGCUGGCUUCGAAUGGAAUCCCCUCUAUCUGAUGCUGUCUGGUCCUAAAGAGGAUGACGUUGUUGCCGCCCGUAGCAUUGAAGGCCACCAUGUGUUGCUGGCAUUGGCUUGGGUGUUUGUUCCUGUCUAUGUGUCUUCAGGGAUCGUGACCAUGCCAGAGUACCUGGGUCGUCGGUUCGGAGGAGAGAGAAUCAGAACCUACCUGUCAGUUCUCUCUCUGAUGCUGUCUGUCUUCACCAAGAUAUCAACAGACCUGUAUUCAGGGGCGUUGUUUGUCCAGGUCUGUUUAGGAUGGAACCUGUACCUGUCUACUGUCCUGAUGCUGGUGGUCACUGCCCUCUACACUAUAGCAGGUGGUCUGGCUGCUGUCAUCUAUACAGACACUCUGCAGACCUUCGUCAUGAUUAUAGGAGCUAUCAUCCUCACCAUCACAGCGUUCAAUAAGAUUGGAGGCUACAGUAACUUGGAGAGAGUUUACCAGGCAGCCAUCCCUUCUAAGGUGAGUCAACAACAACAUUCACUAUCAUUAUCAUCAGCA